AUGUCUCUGAUGCCGUUGGGAGUGCUUUUCAAUCGAUCUGCUUCCAAGCAGCUGGAGCCACAGCUGGCCAUUUCUGAGCUUUUCUUGCUGCAGUAUGGCAUCUCGAUGAAGCCGGGCGACCAGGGGCAACCUGGUCCCAGCACGAAAGCUGCGUACGGAGAGAUUGCAGCUGCAGUGCAUGUGGCCGACAAAGCCAUCAUACCGAACGUCAUCAAUGCGGUGCUUCACCGGUUCGGAGAGAUGUGUGCCCAGCAUGCGCUGGUCCAGGUGGACUUCGCCCCACUUGGGGAGCUCAAGUGCGAGCACCAGCGCUUGGAAUUCGUCUCUUCCAGUGUCCAGGCGAAGGAGAUGGCUCCUUCUACUGAGCCGGGAAAGACGGUGAAAUCACUGAUGCAGAGACGGGGCCGUAAACCGGACCCAUUGCCCUCCGAAGGUCCGCCGAUGGUCCCCGGCGUGGCCGUCACCAUUCGGGCAGAGGAGGACAGCCUCAACAUCCCAAGUGAUGCAUUGAAAUCAGGCUGGACAGGUCGCUCUGCUCCCGGCCAAGCCCCAUCGCCACGGCGACCACAGGGACUCAGCCCUGCGGCCCACGGCACACAGAGUCUUGAGUCGAAGUCCAAUUUGGAGCUCUUUGUGAAAUCGCAUCCGGCGAAGGCGAUCGAUUACCCGCCGCUCCUCGAUGAGUUCUCGCGAACAUUGGCAGCGCCGUACGGUGAGGACCUCCAGCAUGGGAGCAGCUCUGGACGAAUAGCGUCGCACCUUUCGCCUUUGGCCGGGAUGUUAGUCUGGAGCCAUGAGGCCAAGUGUUUAAAGUGGCGAAUGAAGAAGCUUCCAAAGAAGGACAGCAAGGGUCAGAAUCCCGAGUUCGCACCUUCGGACAUCCUGGAGCGAACGUUCGAGAACAGUCAGAUACUUCCAGGCUCCUCCCUCGACUUGGAGCUGAAGGAGGCGGUCAUCUCGAGGCGCGUCUUCUACGGCACGCUGCUUCGAUACAACUACUACAUUGAAGAUGGGAUUGCCGACACCGCCGUGGCGCCCAUCAACCCGGAGUGGGUGGAAAACGUAGGUUUUUUGGUUGAGGCAGAGCGCCUGUUCAAGGAUUUGCCCGUCGAGGUGACCAGGCAGAUUACGUCAGAUGUCACCGCCGAGAUGAGAGCUGGGUACGAGCGUGCCUGCAAGCGAGCAAUCGCGGACUACAUUUUCAAGGACCCUGCCACUCGCGAGAGGGCGCUGGUGCCAUUUCUGCCCACGCCAAUACCGGACUGGGGAACUGUUCCCUUCGAGGGCAUCGAAGGCACUGUAGGCCUGCCGGUUGUUGGGAAUCAGGGUCGAAAGCUUUCAUGGGUUGUCCAUGAGGAUGGCAACCGCACAUCCACGCGAGUCCAUUGUCUUGCCCACUUGUUCCACUUGUACUCGGCAACGGGUGAGUUGAAGGUCCUGGAGGCAUCAAAUGCUUUCAGCAGAAAGCAGAGAGAUCUGGGGAGUGCCAUCGAGGUGGACCUCCCGCCGAAUGGCGAGAUGGAAUCGAGGAAAGUCGGAACUCAGUGGUGGCCUCCGCCCUGUUUCGACAGACCGAGAGCAUGGUGGGCGACUGUUUGCAUAGAACUUCCGGACGGGCUCGGUGUGCCGAGCGCUGGGCCUGAAGUAAACUUAUAG